AGCAGAGAGAAGGACAGGAGGCAGAGACCCCAGCAGCGAUGAAGUCAUGGUAAAUCUGCUCCCCCCAUGCUGAAAAGGGACCUGCUGCACACUGCAGCCCCGGCAGAGAGAGGAAGUCAGCCCACACCACAGCAUGACUUUCACCAGCGUGCUGCACAUCAUAGCUCUGUUCCUGAUGCGAGGGGAUUUUCCAGAAGCUGGAGGUGAAACCAUAACCCUAAAGGAAGGAGAGGACCUGAACCUCCGCUGCACCCUCAGCAGUGACGAUGGGUCUGCCCGGCAGUGGUUAAACCCUCAUGGGUUUGCCAUUUUUCUCAACACCCAGCAGGCUUUAAGAGAUCAGAGACACAAACUUAUCCAUUAUUCAAAAGAUGAAUUAUCCAUCCAACUGACUAACGUAACAGUGCGUGAUGAAGGUGUAUAUAAAUGCUUCUACUAUGGCAUCCCCUUCAAAAGCAAGAACAAGACUGUUAAGGUAUUAGCUGCUCCUUCUAACCCAGUACUGGAAGUAUCCAGAGGCACAGAAAGAAGCGUUAUACUGUCUUGCUAUACCCAAGGAUGUAAACCACAGGCCCAGAUUACCUGGCUGUUGGACAAUGGGAUAGAACUCCCUGGUGACACUAAGCACAAGUUAGAAGCUGAUGGGAAGAAAUGGACCACAACCGGCACACUGAGAGUCCUUGCCUAUGGGCCCAAUUCAACAGCCAGCUGCAUCAUUCACCACCAAGCACUCAGAGAAGAGAAGCUGAUGGCAUCUUUCCAGUUUGAGGACCUUGCUAGGACAGUGGCAAAAACAAAUCCUGCACCAUCUAACCCAGAGGUGGAUACACGUGUCUCUGAGAAUGAGCAAACUACAGUUCCUUUAGGAGCCGAACAACCAACCAUCUCUUCUGCAGAACCAGAGGAUCCACUAGUUCCCAGCUCAGCAGCAACACCAACCCAGCAAACCCUCCAACCAGACAUCACAUCUACUUGGUCUGAGGUUACACCAUCUGCAGCAGGAAAGGAAGAAUUGGCUGGUUCAUCGAGUUUUCAUGUCCCCAGAGGCACUGAAACAGCAGUCAGUGGCAAUGUCACAGAAGAGGAAGUUUCCAGGACAGAAACCCCACUACCAAGUGGAAAUGUAACUGUGAUUUCCACAAUCCCCUCUGACAAAGACGUGAAAUCUGAAGGCAUGGAAAAGAAAGAGAAAAAUCUCUUGCUGCCCAUCUUGGUGGCUGCUCUGAUUUUUGUGCUUCUCAUCAUUGUCCUGCUUUUUGCAAGGAAGCUGAAGAAAGCUCAUGGAGUGUGGAAGAGAGAAAAUGAUGUUUCAGACCAGACUCUGGAGAGUUAUAAAUCCAAAUCUAAUGAAGACAGUCCAGGCCAUGAGAAGAACGGACAUGCUGUCAAUCAGAAGUCCAACAUGCAAUAUGUAACAGCAGGAUAUGUGGAAACAAUGCAGAGGAAUCCCAGAGACAGAACCAAUGCAAUAAGUGAGAAACUGUUUGGAUGUGGAAAGGAAACAAAUGUAUAGCAAUAGUAAAUCUGUACGAUGUGCAGAAACACCAGUGUUUCCUGAUCUUCAUAUUACAGCAUUCAAGUACCAAUAUGACUUCAAGGAGCAGAACUACAAACAGUUACCCUCAACCCAAAAGCUACCUGGGAUUGGUUUCCUUUAAACAGUGGGGCAGGUAGAUAGGACUGGUGGUCCUAGAAACCUAUUAGCAAUGAAGACAGUGAUUUAUCUGUAGUCCUCAAAGGAUUUAAAUAACCACUGCCAGAAAUGAAGCUCCUCAGUCCUUUCUCAGAUCCUACCAGCAGUGAGGGUCUUGGCAAAGGAACAUGCAGGUAUUCCAAGGACUGUAGGGUAUGAAGACAUUCAUGUAAUUCUGCAAGCAUGGGACUGAGCAGGAAACCCUGGGAGCUGCAGACCCACUGGGACUUGUAUUAUCUUAUUCUCACCCCAAACCUGUACUUAACCAAGGAGGAAAGCAUCCUGAUGUCCAAAGAGUUAAAAACACCAAGAUUGUUCCCCUGUGCCAGAACUCCUGCUUUGGUUUCUCACUUGUGCAACGAUAGCAUCAUUCUGUGCCAUGCCAGACUGCAUCAGCACUAGUCU